ACACCGAUCAGAGGAAGGGACCGAAGAAACCCCUUGGGAACGAGUCCAUGCGACAGAUGAGACACACGUUGGAUAUAUGUUCAAUCCCGUGGAGGUUGAGGCAGAGGAAGAGGAUUUGGAGCCUAAGACACCUGCUCCCCCCUCUAAGCCAUGGCCAUCAAGGAGUGCACCACCAUCGGGUUGCUACUGUAAUUGA